UUGUUGUGGUGCAGGGUUUCCAACCCGGUGCCGCCUGAUCUCACGCUGACUUGUGGAUCCUCUCGUUCCACGCCCUCCGCCUCAUUUGACAGCUGGGCGACGGGGCUACAUGGUCUCCUCUUCGGGGUGUGGAUGUGCGGGUGUCCAGAGAUGGAAAGCUACGAGGAGUUCUGCCUGCGGACGCUGGCUUUGCUGCAGGAAGAAGGAACAUUCAGGAAGAAGUGGGCAUGUGACCCGGCGUGUUCCCCGAAGGCUCGCUCGGUCAUCCACUUCCACGGAAGAGCGGUGCUGUCGCCCCUGCUGAGUGCAGAGCAGCGCGCUGAGAUGUGUCUCCUCAGACGGAGGGCGGUCCAGCUGGAGGCCGAGCGACAGAACCAGCAGAGAAACAAGCUCCUGGGCCGGGUGCAGGCCGUCCUGGAUCACGCUCGGGUGCAUGAGGUGCUGAGUGACGAGGUCGACAAGCUGCCAGUUUCUAAACCUGCCAGCGGCUACACUCUGGUCACCGACUCACCCGGGCUUCCCAGAGACUCCGGAUUUGGGCUCCAGACAAGCGACAGGCCUGUCACUCCGAGCCCUGAGACCCCCGUCCUCAAUGGGUUCAAAGGAGUGGAGGAAGUGAAGGUGGAGAACCAGGAGAGGAGUGAGGAGGAGGAGGAAGAGGAGGAAGAGGACAUUAGCUUGGACAGCCUUCUCAAGAGGUCGAGGGAGUACGUGAAGAGAGAGCAGCAGGGAUCCAAAGUGGUCGCCCAGACCAUCUCCGCUGAGGAGAAGAGGAGCUGCAGCCCUGUGCUGGAUGCCGGCGUCGAGUUUGGAUUCAGUCUGCACCACAGCCCCGUCGGCCCACCUCAGGUCCAGCAUCCGGCUCUGUAUGACCCCAGUCCUCAGAAGUCCGUCUGCCUCUCGCCCGGUCUACCGGAGCAGUUUGCUCGUCUCCCGAGUCCGGAGUCCAGCAUUAGUCCCCGUCCGCAGAGACGCAGACCUCGGCCCGUUUCUACAGGGAACAUACACAUCUCGUUCCCCAUUGGCCCGGCAGACCUGAUCCCUCGAAGCCCAGGAAGGUCCGGGGAAGGUGCCGGCAUGGCAGACUGGGGAGAAGCGUCCGCUGGCCACUGGGCUUCAGCGGGGAGGGAUGCUGUCGGCAGCGGUGGCAGCCGUCGAUCCAGUCACUGCGGUACCAGUCCAGUGCAGGAGAGCUGCAGCCCGGUUAGCCCCUCAGUGCCCGGCUCCAUGGGACACCACGACCACCUGGCUGCAGGGUUUCGCCGGCGCUGCCACACCCUGGACAGCCAGCUGCACUCCCACCAUGCUGGAGUGGAGCCUAUAGACCGCAGCCAGGAAAGAGUCCCUCGCUUUAUGGCCGGAGUGACGUGGUUGGCUCCGAGUCGACGCACCUCAGCAGCCCCCUUAAACCAGACGUACGAGGUGGAGAACCCGUCUCCAGCUCUGGCGAGGCCCCGUCUGCCUCCUGACUUGGCUCAGGUCACGCUCAGGGUGGAGCCUGUUGAUUCUCAGGGGCCCAACAACGGCAGGAAAACACCGACUGUCCUCAGAGCCAGCGCCGAGUCUCAGGCUGGGAAGACAGAGGAGAGCCAGUGGCGAGCCCAGGCUCUGGAGGACAUGCAAAGGCGUCUGGAGGAGGAGCACGCCUUGCAGAUGUCGCUGCUCCUCGCUGAGCAGGAGAAAGAGCAGCAGCGCCUCCGUCUGGAGCUGGAGCAGGGCUGUGUGCUGCCUCUCGCUGGGGACGGCGGCUGUGGCUGGAAUCGUAGGUCUGUGAGUGAAAACGGUCCAGUAAUGAGCCCGUCCUGCCCGGGACUGAGCCCGACCCACACGCCAUGUGAGCGAUCGCCUGGACACAGUAUAGGUUUCUCCAGUCCUGCCCCCUCCAGUGUGUCCUCUCCUUCCGUGCAGCAGCCGGUUUAUCUGUGGGGCUCCACGUGGGCGGCGAGCAAACCUCGGGCGAGGCUGAGUCUGGUUCUGACGGCGGAGCAGCAGAGAGCGUUCUGUCGCGUCGGCGCCAUCGUUCGAGGCUUCCUGAUACGUCGGCUGCUCAAAACCGAGAAGGUCAAGCACCUGCGUCAAACCGUCGUGGACACACAAGAGUUCAUCCGUUCAUUUCAGACGGAGGGUCCACAGAAGAGAGGCAGCUACUCGGCUCAAGAUCUGUCCCUGCAGGAGCGAGUCAGAGCCCAGCUUCGUGCAGCCCUGUACGACGUCCACGACAUCUUCUUUGAAAUGCCGCCGGGGGAUCGUUUAGGAUUGCUGCAGCAGGACAGGGAGCUGCGCGCAGAGAGGAAGCUACGAGACAUGGAGAAAGCCAAGUGCCCCAAAGAGAGAGUUGCUCUUUCUGCUGCCACACAGAGAUCUCUGGACCGGAAGAAGAGGGUUGGUGAGUCUCCAGCACAAGUUAGGAAGAUGCAGCAGAAGCCAAAGAGCCCCACGACCAACAGAGUGUUGAAGCCGAGUCAGGGUCAAAACUCUCCUGCCUCCGGCCAGCUGAACCGCCAGGGGAGCUGGUACAGAAAGACCCCCGAGGAGAGAGUGAGGCGCUCGGACAGCCUGAAGAAGCAGCACUCGCUGGGCUAGCACCAUAGCCACUGACCUGUCAACUUGAAUUUGUAGUGUUUUAAUACAAACUUUGCACCACUGAAGCUCGAGUCAGCGCUGCUAAUAAUAAUACGAUUGUCUUUACCUUCACGUGACUGCAUUCACCACCACACUGACUCACACCGUCACAGUCCUGCUGUUUUGACUGCUGCUGAAAUAAGUUUUUGUGUCGAAAAAAAGUGCAAAUCAGAAAAAACGUCAAAUAGAGAUCAGAUCAAAAUAUAUCUGUGCCUAAUAACUAUGCCUUUGCUAUUUAUAACAUUUUAGCAUGUACACAUUUACCAGUUGUGUUCUUAAACAUGAAGUGCUUCUAGCUGUGAGCGGAUUUACAAACACCAGUUUCACGCCGACUCUCAUGUAGUUGAAGAUGCCGUAUUUAAAUGUGUAUAAUUCACUAAUUUAAGUUUUUUUGGGGUUUUUUUGUUCAAGGGCUUUGAGUACCUGUUUGUGCUUUGUUUAUUUGAUGGUGCUCAGUUUACAGUACUUUUAAUGUAUUUCAAUGUUUGGCUGAAAUCGAAGCCAAAUGGAAAAAACAAACAAAAAAUCUAAAUGUGUUUGUUGGGUCACUGGCGAGCUGUUAUGGUGUAAAACUAUGUUAUUCAGAGCAAGAGUGAAGGUCAGUCUGAACAAAACCACCUUUGUGUCGGCGUGUCGUCCAACCACGUGCUGAUGAAUCUGCAGGCCACGUGGGCUCUCAGUGCUUUGGUGUUUUUCACUGACAUUGCUCUGUUCUCUUUUAAAAAUGUUGUUUUUUUUAAUUUAAAAUGCCAAAAUGUCACUUUUUUUUACAACCAGAAUAAAUUCUGAAGUGAUCUGA